GAACACUUAUUCCGAAAAUUUCUCCUUGGCUGCUUGUCCUUCUCAUUGAUACUUUUGAUAAUUCACUUCAUUUGUCAGUUACUCUGUCAAAGACGCAGAGAAUUGAAAGAGAUCAACAGCAACAAAUUGAAGCAAAAUUGAAUCAAUUAAGAGAUCGAUUAUGUCUUCCUCUUCUUCAUCAUCGCUUAUUUCCGCUUCUCAUGAAGCCUCACCCACUCUCCAACAGCACCUCCAGUUCAUAGUUCAAAACAGGCCUGAAUGGUGGGUCUACGCCAUCUUCUGGCAAACAUCGAAAGACAGCAAUGGUCGUGUUGUUUUCUCGUGGGGAGAUGGUCAUUUUCGUGGCACCAGGGAUGUCGCUGCUGCUUCCAAAGCCGAAGACCAACCCAAAAGGAAGGCGAUCACGAAAGGAUUCCAAGCUCUUUUUGAUGAUCAGGACAUGGACGUGGACAGGCUAGUUGAUGGCCAUGUCACCGACUCUGAGUGGUUUUACACUGUGUCGGUGACACGGUCGUUUGCUCUGCGCGAUGGUGUUCUCGGCCGCGCGUAUGGCUGCGGCGCGUACAUUUGGCUGACAGGGUAUCAAGAGCUUCAAUUGUACGAGUGCGAGAGAGUGAAAGAAGCUCGUAUGCAUGGCGUUCGGACAUUGGUUUGUGUUUCAACUUCUCGUGGGGUGGUUGAAUUGGGUUCUUCCGAUGUGAUCAAAGAAGAUUGGGGCUUGGUGCAACUAGUGAAGACCCUUUUUGGUUCUGAAAAUACUUCUUCUUUGGUCUCAAACCAGAGAAACUAUGAGGAGCAGGUACAAAUUGCUAGCUCAGACAUUUCUCUCCUAAAUAUUGCAACGUCUUCACGAGCUAAAUUGCAAGAGAAGGCGCGGUCGGAGGGUGAUGCAAAAGAAGGGGCUCUUGGCGGCUCUUCAUCACCCGACUCCGAUGGCCAUUUUGCUGCUGAAAAUAUAGAGAAUUUGAACAUUCGGCAGAAAAAAAGAGGAAGAAAGCCAACGAUCUCCGGGCCAGAAUCCCCUCUAAACCACGUGGAAGCGGAGAGGCAGCGCCGAGAGAAGCUCAACCAUCGAUUCUACGCGCUCCGGUCGGCGGUUCCCAAUGUCUCAAAGAUGGACAAAGCAUCUCUACUCGCGGAUGCAGUAGAAUACAUCACUGAUCUCAAGGCCAAAAUCGAAGACUUGGAGGCAAAACUAAAAGAAAGAUCAUCUCAAAAGGGGAAAAUGAGUAGUACUUUUGACAACCAAAGCAUCAACUACGCCAUGGUCGGUCACACAAGGCGGCAAUCAUCAUCAAAUUUGAUCACUGCAACAACGAUGGAAAUUGAGGUGAAGAUUGUCGGGUCAGAAGCCUUGAUCAGAGUUCAGUGUCCGGACGUGAACCACCCCUCUGCAAGAUUCAUGAGUGCGCUUAGAGAGCUUAACUUUCAAAUUCAUCAUGCAAGUAUAUCAAGCGUGAAGGAGAUGAUGCUUCAAGACGUCGUCGUUAAAGUUCCUUAUGGAUUGGAAAAUGAGGAGGUCAUGAGAACUGCUAUUCUUCAAAGAAUGUAGAAUUAUAUAUUAUGGGAUUAAUAUUCAUCGAUCCUCCAUCAUCAUCAUCAUCAUCAUCAACCCUUCUGUUUCGCUGUAGUAAAUAAGACAAGCAUCUGGCCAGUGAGUCAAAAUUUCAGAUGCUUUGCCCAUUUCGAGGAAGGAAACGUGGUAUUUGUACUUCUUUCUUUCUCGAUGUUCUUCAAUUUAAAGCUAACGUUUGUAUGUGCUUAUAAUGUUUUGUCUCGUGAACCAACAUAUUCUCAUGGAAAAUACAA